AUGCCAAACUCGCAGGACCCCGCCUCCCCCGCGGCCGCAUUUGAAGCUCUCCCGAACCCGAGUUCGUUUUCCAAGAGAUUGCGGCCCCCGGAUCCAGAUGCCGUCGCCGCGGAGGCUGAGAGGGUGCCAUUGCGGAUCGAAGCGGGGGGGAAGGGAAGACGGAGGGAAUCGAAGUUGGCCAUCAAGAACCUCUUUGGCCGAAACAAAGGAGCCGUUGAUGGCGACAGAGCUCUAGCUUCACCCCGGGAAGCGUUACAAAAGCUGGGCGGGCUUCGAGCGUCGCUAGCCGACUUGAGUAAUUGGCCUUACAGUCUGAAUCUCACCCAAGGCCAUCGGUCUGAAAUCUCGCUACCGGCCCCCAAGUCUCCCGUUGGCCAGAGUUUGAGGCAUAAGAAGUCAGCCAGCGGUGUACGCCCGCCGCCUUCCCCGGACGGACUCGCAGCCUGGAACCCGCCCCCGCUAUUCCAGGCCUAUCCUCAGGCGAUCAAGCACGCGCAUCUGCCUGCUUGUACUGCCCCGGCUGAAGUCGUUCUUCGAAUGCAUUACCACAAGAGCACCCCUUCAUUCGGAAGCAUGCUGGGUCAAGGCGUGCUCUCGCCCAGAAUAGUCGAAGAAUCGACCGACGAAAAGAAAAGCCAGCACCGCAGGAAGUCUUCUGGAUCCGCGUCCAAGCUUGAAUGGACCAGCAAAGUGUACAUCCUAGUCACAUCAGGGUACCUGCUGCAGUACGCCGGUGAAGGUUCAUUUGAUAGACUUCCGGAGCGGGUGCUCCAUCUGGGCAAGGAUUCGGCAGCUUUCGCUAGUGACGUUAUCCCCGGACGCCAUUGGGUGCUCCAGGUGUCGUCUGUGGCUGAACCCGAUCGUGCCAAUACCUCGCAUUCCUCUAUCCGUGCCCGGCUUCCUUUUCGCGGCCAGGAACGAAGGCACUCUUCGACAAUGUUGAUGGUAUUUGACAGUGCCGAGGAUAUGGAUGCCUGGAUUGUAACGUUGCGGCGGGAGAUUGAGGCCUUGGGCGGGAGGAAGGUUCUGUCAGAGACUGGCAAGCCCAGACUUGGUGAUCAUGAUCCUAGACUGAAGAGUCAAACAAGCCAACGGACACUGGUGGUUAAGAAUUCCAGUCGCUUCUCUCGCGUCAUGACGCCCGAUCAGCCCCGCGCUCGGAUUUCAGACCGAUCGAGCUCCGACAUUCACCUAGAUCCCUCACAAGAUGCAUGCGCGCAGUCGUUCGAUGAUACUUCAACGGUGAGCUUAGUGUCACAGGAUGGGAGACAGCUCGAUACCUUGAGGGAUAGCAUGAACCGUCUAUCCUACAUGUCUUCGGGCCAGCGAACGGGCGUAACAUCCGCCGGUUCCUCGCCCGCAUGUUCACCGAUCAGAGACUCCUUUCCAGAGCGAGAGUCACUGACGCUGGAACACCCGCAACUUGAAGAACAGCCCAAGCCUAGGCUACGACCGAACGCCACCGCGAUAAACGAUCGCAGACAGUCGCUCCAGACUAUAAAUCACGUCUUCGAACUGCGCGUCGCUGCUGCACAAAGCCUGCGGCCCGGCCCGCCCCUGCCGAAUUUCGUGCAGUCUGAGGGGGCCACCCCGUUUGUCUCCGGACCGCAAUCAACGCCGAACUUGAACGCACCCCACGGCGCUAGCAACCGACAUUCCUUAGCAAAAGGCACGACGAUAGAGCCAACGAGAACCUCAGGCACUCUUUUAGCGGGACGACUGAGCUCCCGCAAGCCGCCUCCGUCUGCCUUGUCUAUCAAUCCGCGGCCCUUGUCUCUCGUAGAGGACCAGCCUUCUCCCGACCUCUCCCCUGAUCUCUCCCCUCCAAACCGAGUCAGGUCGGCGACAGAAAGCGCGGGAAGCCCUCCUUCAUCAGCAGCGCCCACACCGCCCUUGUCACCGUCUUCUUCGCCGCGAGUUGAGCGGGGUAGCCCGGGCUCAGAGAAUCAUGACUCCCCAACUCAUGACUCGAACGCAGCAUGGGAGGCUAAUGGUCUAGAGGCGUCGGCGCAGAAUCCACCGAGACCCUUUACCAGCGAAAGUGGGUCGUCAAAUGGGUCAGCCGAUAGCAGUUCGAAGGAGCACAGGGCUGCACUUCGGUCGCUCCAAAUUCCCCGCCCUAAAUCAUCUCUCGACACGUAUGCGGAAACUCAAGUGCCAGGGCAGCCAGCAGCAAAGCAGGAACCGCGACCCCGAAGGCUCAGCUUUCCAUCUCCGCAGCAGUCGGAGAGACCUGCCCUGUUCGGCUCCCCUCCCCCUCCACGAGCACGGACACCGUCCCUGAAACCGGUGCGUAAGUCGUCGCAGCAUCUAAGGGUCGACUCAUUACUCUCUCCUAGUCUAUUGCAACGACGGAGCAUGUCGCAACUCGCAGAAGGCCCUCCACCAGCGCCACCGCCUAAUAGGGCACUACCCCCAAUUCCGCGGAAGCCAUACACUGUGACUGUUGUCCCGCCGCCAGGGUUCAUAUGA